GACACCAUUUUCAACGCCUUGGGCCCGACGUACGAGAUCGUGUCGGCCUUCUAUCAGGGUUCCGAGGAGCUCCUGAAGAUUCAGGCCCCGCUGCUGCGGCACCUCGCGCGCGGGGAGAACCUGGGCGCGCUGUAUUUUAUGUGGCCGAUCAUGUUCCAGGACGGCCACGCUUACCCUGCGUACGUGCAGAGGGAGAGGAUAUUCGAGCUCAUGGUGCAGAUGGAGGCCACAGGGAUCCCUACGCGCUUCCCGCACCAGUCGCACCUCUACAAAAUCUUCGCCUCAAAGGAAUGGACGGCGCAGAUGUGCCUCCACCCUUUGUUGCACGUUCCGCUCACGACGCAG